UCUACUCCUCCUCCUCUGCAGUUAAAAUCUAUUGGUCUCCGGAUAUUAACAAACUCGUGAUGUCAGGAGGUGCUGGAAAAGGUCGAGUACAGAAAGAUCUAAUGCAUAAUAAAGCAAGCUUACUCUCUCACGAAAGUAUGUGGCAAAUGCUACCAAAACGAAUAAGAGCAAGUCGUUAGCUAGCUUAAUACAUCGGAAUAUGGACUCUUACUACAUUUCUUUGGGAAAUAGUAUACAUGUGUAGCGGCAAGUAUUCGUAUAUAGUAGCUAGUCGUGUGCUUUUUAGUUCAGUUUUACUUUCAUGUCACUCGGCACUUCUAGCCCUGGGGCAAACGGAACAUGAAGCGAUUUGUCCUGGAACAGGUAACAGAUUUUUGCGAUUUUAUCAAAGGCAAUGAUUUCAGUGACUUUUUGAAAGAAAAUAAUAGUUUUAAUAGCUAUCAUAACGGUAACGCUAAGAGUUGCUUCCCCGAUAUUCGGAUUUGUCCGGAUGGGCACCACGUCCAUGUCAUUCUCCAUAAACCAAAGAUUGGACUCCUGACAUUUGACAAAUAUCAAAUCCCCGCGUUGAUUCAAAAUCGAAAGCAUCAGGACUUAUGCUUGACAAGGACUGUUCCUAUUCUGGAUGUCGUUUAUUUAGCAAUUUCUAGCAGCAACUCAGACGGUGGUUCAGCUGUUCUAGCUGUAAUUUUCCAGAAUGGCAAAACAGAAUUCUGGAAGUACUGUGAAGUCAGAGCAGGCUGGUGUUUACUGCAGACCUCGGAUUUGUGCAACAGUCCCAGGGCGAGAGUUGUCUCUGUAUGCACCAGUGGGAACUUCAUCGUCUGGUGUGAAGAGAGGCCCCCUUCGGAAAGCUCACCAGCUACUACUACAACUCCUAACACCCUCAGGUACUGUAUCUGCAAAAGAACGUACGAGGUGGAGGAUGGGGCGGUUCGUUUAGGAGGCGUAAAAAUUGCAUUGCACAACAAUCCGCGGUACUCGGUGACCGCAUCAGCUGAAAACGUUUACCUGCUACCGGACACAAAGGCGUCUGGCCUCGGAAGCAUUUCCAGAUUAUUCCUGAAGUGGUCCCCACAGCGCGACGCAAUCGAUGUCGGUACUGCUUGCACUGGGAUCUUGCCGAGGAGAACCACAAGCACCGCAAACAAGGAAUCAGAUUUCAAGAAGCUGAUUUCGGACUGCGUAAGUGUGUUGUCCAAUGUCAACCCCCCAGAUAUCUGGGCUUCCUGUGCUACAGAAUGCGGGGGACUCGUGCUGCUCCUCAGCUCUGGCUGGACCAGUCUGCUACAGAAGGACGGCGUCCUGAGGCAGGUCUAUAAGCUGGCUGACAACUGCCUGACUAGCAGUGGUAGCAGAGCCAUCCAGAGCAGCAUGAAGGUCUACCACGACAUUCUGGCCCUCACUGUGGGGAGGACCCUGUAUUUGAUUGACACUCAAUGCGGAACAGAGCUGGAGAAAAUGGCCCUGAGGAAAGAGGGGGUUCUGUUUGUGAACUACGAGAGAAAGCACACCCCUCACUUGCUCUCGGAGGCCGGACUCUUUCUCGUUAGGCGCGGGGAAUCGGAACCCAGCCACAAGCUGCCUGAACACUUGCAGACCCUCAGGCCAGAUUCGGUCCUGGCGGAGACCGUCUUCGAGGAGGCCUGCCACCACUACCAGCGGAGGAGCCUGAGCAACGUCCAGCUAACGGUGGAGAAGCUGAAAAACGGGGGAAUGUUCCAGGCCCCCAUCUCUCUGUCCUGCAUCCUCAGUGACUACCUGAGGGGCGAGGGGUCAGUCGACGUAGCAGAGGGAGGAGCCAGCAACGGCAGCGUUGCAAACGGCAACCUGCUGAACUCCCUAGAGCCCGAGCUGAAGAGGCUGGUGGCACUCGAGGACGUCAAGGCGUCGUUGGCCGGGGCCUCAGAGAAGGAGUUGGCCGGAUGCUGCGAAAGCCUGGUUUGUGAGGAGGUGAGCAGGCUGCUGAGCUCGGAGCUGGACAGGGAGAACGUUCUCUACCUGAACACCGUGUUCAGCGCUUUCCCCGGCGAGUCGUGGCGGGCCCUGCAGGGUGUACUGCAGCUGGCGGUUGAUGGGGAGGGCUCCCUAUCCGCAGGGGCUCGUCCUGAGGUGUGGAAGGCGGUGGUGACUCCCGUCCAGCCCGCCACGGCCCCCGCCGCCCAGGGACGCGCGCCCGCUAAUGUGGCGGCGCCGGUCUUCGAGCUCCUCUGCCGCUCCUUCCUGCAGUUCCAGCCGGCCCAGCUGCCCGGCUUCCUGGAGCUGGCGCAGUGUCAGGCGGGUGCCUCCCCCCCGCCCUCCUGGAGCUACGAGGCCAAGCGGAGCUCCGAGGCGACCCCCCUGUGCGAGCGCGCCCUGUCCGUGCUGCCGAGGGACGGGCGGCACUGGGACCUGGAGGUGGAGCUGCUGCUGAACAGCCGGGACCCCCAGGGCGUCAUGCGGGCCCUCCGCGCCCUCGUCGGCCGGCAGCAGUGGGGGCGGGCCACCCAGGUGGCCGAGCGUUUCGGCCGCCAGAGCACCUGGCUCAACGAAGAGAUCUUCAGCACCCUGCUGCGCGAGGUCUCCCAGCACCGGGACCUGGACCCCUACCUGGACCUCCUGUGGGCGCUCUGCCCCGAGGAACUGACCGUGACCGACAUCCUGAACAUUGUGCUGAUGGACCUUCCCUCGGCUCCUCCGGGGGGCGCCGGUCCCUUCCAGACGGGGGGCAGCCACCACCUCACCAUAGGCCUGCUGAAACCCCUGCUGAGCAAGGUGCUCCAGCGAGAGACCAAACACAGCCGGAGGUACGCAGACAUCCUCCAGUGCUCCUACCUCCCCCUCACCGCACCCCCCUGCCAGGCCAAAACCCCGUCUAGGGUUGGGAAGGGGUCAGCCGGCAAUGGCAAGAUCUCCGACCAGAAUGUUACAUCUGAGGCUCGAAUGCCAACGGAAUCUCAGCAUAGCUGAGUUGGCGUUUCAGUGCAUGACCUUUGAUUCCAACUCCUAACAAUGAGGGACAAGAGAAGGGUAAACAUCUCAUUCCAUUUAGCAACCAAAAGCUGUUUCGCUGACUCUUACUGGCAGCCACUGUGUGUGGAUCAUUAGUCUCAGUCUUACGGAGUGCUUACUUGUGUCUUACUUUUUUGAUCCAAAAAUAAAAAUGUAAUGUAAAUGCUUGUUUUGUCGAGAAAAUUUACCAGUUUUGCCUCAGGUGCUGUUGCUCAGAGCUCUAGGAAAACAGCUGGGAGAGCAUAUCAAAGUGCAAUGCUAUAUAUUUAGCGAAUGAACCCAGAGUGAGCAAUGGGGAUGAGAACUAAUCAAAAUAAGACCUACAGAGGAAUGUACAUUAUUGCAUGUUAGCCCUCCAUGAUCCUUUCUGAAUACUAAUCAUUUUAAAUAUGGGCUCAACAGAAUCCAAUUCUGGUGUAUUCACAAGUGCUUUUAUUUAUGUAAUUACUUAAGUAUAGCAAAUUUAAUUCAAUAUUCAGGGAUUGCCACUGUAAUAGUCCUACUUAAUAAAUAUGUAAAUUAAAAGUCAACAUCCCGCAGAUAAACACGGAAUGUUUUCCAUUCUUUUAAAUGUUGAUUGUUGAUGUGAGGGAUUGCAUCAGCUCAUCUGCGAGCUGCAUAAGAUGUCUUCAUUUCAGUAGCCUUGAAUGCAUGGUCACUCUUAAAACAGGCAGAUUAGUGCCCGGUGUGAUAAGCCAAUCUGAACCAAUAUUUGAAACUGAUGAAAUUCCAGAUAAAUUCUUUUUGUUCUUACUUUUAAUGAUGAUGUGUGUCUGUAUUGAAAAACACCUGAUUUGUUUGAAUAAUUAGAUUUGAAAUCCUGUUGUGGUUUUGUAGCCUAUUUUAGGCUACCCAACUCCUUACAAAGCCAACAAUUCAAUUCACCACCACUCGCUCUCUUAAUUGUCUUGUUCUCAUUCUUUAAAACGGCAUUUUGAUCACUUAAACCUAUAAAGACACACUCUGGACUCCACAAUGUUGUGGCUGCAUAUUGGUCUUUGAACGCUAAGCUGCCUUAUGCUGUCCCAUGUGGAACUCUAAUUACAUAUCUGUUUUAUUCCUUCAUCAAAGUUGUUCCUGGUGUGGUGACAGAUUCACAGUGCAUUCUGGGAACUGGAGGCCGACUAGAACAACUGAGUGAACUGAGGUUUUUUUUUUUUUUUUUUUAAAGUCAGUAUUUUAGUAAGAUAAUCAACCACAUAACUGAUUCAAGACAGCCACUUGUAAAAGCUCUAAUGUCUCAUAUUGAGACUGAAAUAAAAGAUGACUUGUUUCAGGGACUUCUUGAUCAAGGGUCCCAUUCUUCACACGUGCUCUAGAGAGAGGAAUGUCACAUGCCCAUGUCUUGUGGGAGAGAUUUCUACUCUAGUCGUGAGACUAGUUCCUGAUUUUUGUUGUAUGCCACUCUUUAAACAGUAACGCAUAAUAAAUCUUAACUUAAAAAUCUUAGCUCUGCACUUUAAAUGUUUGCGGUCCUGUUUUGCGUAAACCCUAAAGUUUACAUCCUUAAACACUGUAUGGCCUCUGUAUGGUUCAUAUGAUUCAUUAAGACAGUUCAAGCUGAAACUGCUGUUAUAUCAAGCAUCAUAAUACAAAUAAAUAACUUUAAAAUAA